AUGAGUUUGCCCCCAGGAUCGCCCAUAGAUCUAAAUCUCGUCCCGGCGGGACCUCCACCACCCGGAGUGCUUCCUAUCAUCGGUGGUGGACCGUCACUUGGCACAACGACUAUCGUUCUAGAAUGUGUCAUGAUGGCCAUCGCAGCGACAGCUGUUCUCUGUCGAGUUAUAUCGACCUAUCCCGUACGGGGUCGUCGUUCAUCAGGGCUUGGUUUGGCCGAUUACGCCUCUCUAGCCGCGAUGCUCCUUGCGAUUGCUCAGUCCUCUCUUGUCAUUUCACUCCACGAUUACGAGCGUCACCAGUGGAACAUCUCGGUGGGUUCGUUAACUAGCAGCUACUUCAAGAGAGGCUUUGCCCAAAACCUGAUCGCCUGGCCAAGUAUUUUUUGCGCUAAAUUGGCUAUCCUUCUUCUCUACCUUCGAAUAUUCCGAGUCAAACAUUCUCUGAGAUGGGCAGUAUAUGGAGGAGCUGUGUGGGCAGCGCUUACUUAUCUUCCCAAUAUUGCUGUUGCCACCUAUUUCUGUGCUGCCCACCCAGAUGAACAAUGGGGCUUUAACGUUGGAAUGCGAUGCUCACAAAAGGGGCCACUGAAAUGGCUUGUUGUGUCAGCAACUAUUGCUGUCGAGAAUUACAUUGCUAUCAUCGUGGGCUCGAUUCCUGGAUGCAAUACGUACUACAAGUCAUAUAUCAUGGAGUCACCCCUACUUAACCGGAUGUCUUCAUACUUCACAGGCAGCAAAUCCGCUAAGGGCGAGAGCUCGAACACAUACUCGUCAAAAACCUCUUACCAGCUGAGGGAUUCCAGCAGCAACAGCGAGUCUAUCAACACUCUGCAGCCCACCCAGCCCAAUCAAACUAGGGUAGAUCCCUCGUCCACUCCUUUGGCCGAGUUGUCUGUUGGUGCCAGGGGGCCAACCGGUAACAAAGACAAGGCAGCCUCGAAUAAAAUGGACUCUCACUUCGAGCUACUUCCGCCCACCCCACUGCAUCCUAACAACGACAACAACAACCUCGUUUUGACAACCAUGGCCGGCUCAACGGAAUCAUCUACGAUUCCUCAGAUAUCAAUUCUCGUAACCGGUGGUUGUGGAUUUCUUGGAGCACACAUCGUCCAGCAGCUCCUCGAUGACCCUUAUCCCUUCGCCGUCGCGGUCGUCAGUCGCAAUCCCAAAGCCGCCAGUCAACACCACGACUCGCGAGUAUCCUACCACGCGGCGGAUAUCACAAGCAAGCCUCAGAUUGAGGCACUGUUUAACAAGAUACAACCCCAAGUGGUGAUCCACACCGCAUCCGCAAUGCAUACUGCAUCAUCUCGUGAAUUGCAUCAUACCAAUGUUCAGGGGACUCAGGUUCUCCUACAAUGUGCAACCACUUGCGAUAAAACGCUGGCAUUCGUUUACACGUCGUCUGACUCUGCGGUGGUGCCGUCUCAGAAGCUUUUGGUCGAGAGUGAGGCCCAACUCUAUACGGAGACCUUCUACAGAAACCCUUAUUGCAAGACGAAGGCCAUCGCCGAUGCAGCAGUCCUGGCUGCCAACUCUCCCAAUUUACGCACUGCAACUAUUCGCAUACCCGGCAUAUAUGGGGAAAAUGACACUAACUUCAUUCCACAACUGGUAUCAAGCAUCCGCAAGGGCGAAUACAAGACACAGAUAGGCCCAAAUAACAAACUAUUUGAGUUUGUGUACGUCAAGAGCGCCGCAAGAGCUCAUGUACUUGCCGCAAAGUCACUUCUUAACAUGGACACUGGUGGCCCAAAAGUCGACGGUGAAGCCUUUUUUAUCACGGACGGGAAACCGCAGCCUUUUUUUGAUUUUGCGCGAAAGGCAUAUGCUGCGGCUGGCUACCCGGUAGCUUCCAAUCAGAUAACCGUUAUCCCACUUGGAAUGAUGUUGAUCAUGGCGUCGAUGAUAGAGUGGGCGUAUUAUAUCUUUACCCUAGGGAGGAAACGCUCUCAGAUCACACGGGACGGCAUUGAGCACCUUGAUUCGGGAUGUCACUGGUCGAUAGACAAGGCGAGAGAGCGAUUAGGCUAUGAGCCGGUGAUGGAACAAGAUGAGGCGAUUGAGCAGACUAUGAAAUGGGCGAUGGCAAAUUUGUGA